GGCGUUGGGCGGAGUUUCAUACCGAAACAGACGCUUCUUUUGUCGGAUCCGUUUCAACCUGACUCCCUGGGGUUUACGGCUGAAAAAUAGACACUUAAACAGCCCUAAAAUAAUUAACACGAAUACCUUGAUUUUUAGUAUCAACGCUGGUUUCUAACUGUCACGAAAGAAUCUCUAGGAAUCGGGUCAGUUGAGCUGCCCACAGACGCUGCACCAUGAACGGCAGCAGCAGUGUGCCCUCUGCCUCCCAGACCAUUCAGAUAAAAACCGAGCCAGUUGUGGAUGCAUGGAGUAAGGAGGACUGCCUCACUCUUUUGGAGAGGAUUCGGAGCUUGUUGCCUGAUGGUGAUGCCAUGAAAUACAAAACCACCGAGUCCCACUUUGACUGGGAGAAGGUCUGCUUCGGAGACUUUACUGGCGACAUGUGCAAACAGAAGUGGGCGAAGGUGUCUACUGAGGUGCGGAAGUUUAGGACUAUGACAGAGCUCAUAGUUGACGUCAUUGAGUUUGUGAAGAACCCUUACAAAGGGAAGAAAUUGAAGACACACCCAGACUUCCCAAAGAAACCACUUACGCCGUAUUUCCGGUUCUUUAUGGAGAAGCGAGCUAAGUAUGCCAAGAUCCACCCGGAGAUGAGCAACCUUGACCUCACCAAGAUUCUGUCCAAGAAAUACAAGGAGCUCCCAGACAAGAAAAAGCAAAAGUACAUCACAGAGUUUCAGCGAGAGAAGGAGUCAUUUGAGAAGAAUAUGGCCCGAUUCAAAGAGGACCACCCGGAGUUGAUAGAGGAGAGAAAGAAGUCGGACCUUCCUGAGAAGCCCAAGACGCCCCAGCAGCUGUGGUACAACCAUGAGAAGAAGACCUACAUGAAGCUCCACCCUGAUGUGAGCCAAAAGGAGCUGAAGGAGGCUCUGAGGAGACAGUGGUCCCAGCUCUCAGACAAGAAGAGACUAAAAUGGAUCAGCAAGGCCCUGGAGCUGCAGAAAGACUAUGCGGGCAGUAUGAAGGUCUACCAAGAGGCCCAUCCAGAUGCUGAAGAGCACGUCAAGUCCGUCCUCACCAAAGCUGAGCGGCAGCUCAAGGACAAGUUUGACGGCAGGCCAACCAAACCACCGCCGAACGGUUACUCCCUAUACUGUGCCGAGCUGAUGGUGAACAUGAAGGAUGUUCCCAGUACGGAGCGUAUGGUGCUGUGCAGUAAGCAGUGGAAGGUGAUGACGCAGAAGGAGAAGGACAUGUUUCAGAAACGCUGUGAGCAGAAAAAGAAGCAGUAUGAAAUUGACCUACAGAGGUUUCUAGAGAGUCUCCCAGAGGAGGAGAGGGACCGCGUGAUGACGGAGGAGAAGCUGGGGGGCUCGCGGCUGGGCAUGGGGGCUGCUGGCAGCCCGCAUGGAGCCAAGUCCCCCUCCGCCAAGGUGGGUCUCACAAAACUACAACAGGAGCGCUGUCGCGAAGCUGAGCUGGAGCACUGGGUGCACGCUGGCCUGACGGCGAAAGAGAAGCGUGACGGCAAGAAGAGGACCAAAAUCCCUGAGACGCCCAAGACUGCCGAGGAGAUGUGGCAACAGAGCGUCAUAGGAGACUACCUGGCCAAGUACAGGAGUGACCGCAAGAAGGCCCAGAGUGCUAUGGAGUCGGCUUGGAAGGCCAUGGAGAAGAAGGAGAAGAUCCCGUGGAUCAAGAAGGCGGCCGAUGACCAGAAGCGAUACGAGGUUCAGUACCGGCCCGUGAGGGAAUUGUUGGAGUCUAGAAUGCCCCAGUCAGGAGCAGGCCAGAGGAAACCCAAGUUUGAAGGGGAGCCCAAGAAGCCACCAGUGAGCGGCUACCAGAUGUUCUCCCAGGAGCUGCUGACCAACGGCGAGCUAAACCACUUCAGCCUGAAGGAGCGCAUGGUGGAGAUCGGCAAGCGCUGGCACAAACUCAGCCAGAGCCACAAGGACAAGUACAAGAAGCUGGUGGAGGAGCUGCAGAUUGAGUACAAGGCCGAGCUGGAGGCUUGGGUCAAGUCUCUCUCUCCCCAGGAGCGAGCUGUUUAUAAAGAGUUCUCCACCACAAAACGGCGGAGCACCACCAAAGCGCGGGGCGCCCAGGGGGCCAAGGUGUGUUUGAUGGCGACAGUGAAGGGGAAGGUGGUAGGUGCCAGAGCCGCAGCAGAGGUCGGAGGGGGCAAGCGGGCCAUGGCGUACCGGGCCAAGCAGGAUACGUCCGACUCGGACGAGGAUGAUAAGACGGACUCGUCAGACUCUGAUGAUGAAGAAUCGUCUGGCAGCUCCGACAGCGAAGAUGAGAUGUUCUAUCCUCUAGAAUGACGACGACCCAUCCGAGGGCUCCAGCAGCUCUUCCUCAGAGGACAGCAGUGACUCGGACUCAGAUUAGCCACCCCCCCAAAUAGGAGGGGCUGUGCGGGACACACCUCCUCGCGAGUCAGGCGCAGUUACAGCGGCGUCAUCAAUUCGCUCACAAGGAGAAAUGAGACUGGAGAAAGCGAGAUGAAAUAAAGAGACGAAUGGAAAAGUCAUGCUCCCCCUGUUGACCUGGAACACUUUUAUUCAACUGGGACGAGAUAUUUUACAGGGGCUGUUACACGUUCAAUGCCUUUCUAGGUGUUUAUUAUGAACUUGUUGCGACCUUUUUUUUUUUUUUUUUUUUAAACUUAAGGAAAUUUCUAAUUAAAGCGGUUGAGGCUUUUUUUAUGUUUUUGAACAAGACUGGUUUCUACAGAGUUGACUGGGAGGGGCAUAUUGAGGAGUUUGCUGUUUUUUGUCCUUGGGUCUAACAGUCCGUGCAGAGGGAGGACUGUUGCUGCUUUCCCUCCAUUGAAACAUCUGGUCAAACCCUCAAAUAAAAUGCACUUUUUUCUUGUGAAUUCUUCUUGUGUGAUUUCAACCGUUAGUUGAUGUUUAUUUAUAGAGCUUUAAUGUAAGAAGUAUGCUCAGCUCUGUUACUGAUGGGGUAGGUUUACAACCGAAAUGGCAACCUAUUCCAUAUAGUACACUACUUCUAGCCAUAACCAAGUGAGCAGGUGGCACUUGAACAUGUACGUAGUGGGAAACUAGUCUUAUCAUCCCUGAGCUCUGACUUGUCACAUGCGGGAUCUCUGUCACCUAAGGAAAUUACAUGCAUCCACGACUUGACUGGUAGAGCUUCCGACUUAGAAAUGUCUAACGCUGCGUUCAUGCCCAUGAAGGGACGAUCCACAAAAUACAGCUAUACUUUUCCCCACUAACCUUGGCUGUAGUCGAUUUCCCUAAACAAUUUGUAGUACCUGUAUGUAUUUGACAUUGCAAAAGUAUCCCUUUCUGGGUAAGCUGACCAAAUUCACUGAAAGCAAGUCUAAGAAGCGGUUGAUCUAUUUCUAUGCUUGCAGUUUCAAACAGCUGAAAAGACAUUUCUCAGCCGUUUACAUGGUACAAUGACUCUACACUAUACUAGCUUGUUUUGUUAGGCAAACUAUUAGAAUAUUUGCAACCAGGAAAUGGCAGUGAUUUCUGCAUAGUCCACCUUUAAAUUCUGUUUUAUCAAUGUCAAAAUUCAGAACUAAGUCAUGCAAUUUUCCAUUGCUCAUACUGUCUUUAUGUACAUAAUUCACAAAACAAAAAUGACAUGUUGCUUUUGUUUUUAUAUAGACAUAUCAAUAUUUAAACAAUCUCCAAACUUGUCUUUCCCCAGAUAUAAUACACACACACAUCCCCUGUACCAGGAGUGAUACCAAUAAAUAAACAGUCAACCACCUGUG